AUGAUGUCAGAGCAGAAAGUCAGCAGAGAUCACUGUGACAAGAAGAGAGAACGGGAACAAGACAAAAGAGUUUGUCGUGUGGAGGAAGAGACUGAACGUGUCAAGCAUCAUCUCAGGAUGUUUGUUCUCUUCUGGGUGACUCUGCUUUUCUCUGUGAGAGGCAGCAGUGCUGACACAGACUCAUCAACUGGAUUAAAACAACACUGUGGUUCAGCAUAUGGCUACUGUGUUAGUCUCAGUGAGGGAACCAUAACAGCAGAGGCUGGACUCUGUGUUGUGAUACCAUGUUCUUUCACUACUGGUUAUGCCUUUACACCCUCCGCUAUAGUGUGGUACAAAUGUGAUCCAUCAAAAGAAAAGUGUGAUGACUCUGACAUCAUAUUCCACUCCAGUGAAAACGAUGAAAAAGCUCAGUCUGGAUUCAUAGGACGAGUGUCAUAUUUAGAGCCUGAUGUGAGACAGAGAAACUGCAGCAUCAUGAUUAAUGAUCUGAAUGAGUCUGAUUCUGGAUUAUAUCAAUUCAGAGUUAAUGGAUACAAGUAUGAGGGGACAGCGUAUGAGAGGACAGAUGGAUUUACAUACCCUUCAAGAUCAACUGUCUCUGUGAAAGGUGUCAGUCAGAAGCCCACAGUGAUGAUUCCUCCACUGAUAGAGGGACAGCAGAGCACACUGACCUGCACUGCUCCUGGUCUCUGCUCUGGAUCUGUUCCUACAAUCACCUGGAUGUGGAGAGGAGCAGCAGAGGAUGACUCUCUCCUCAGAGGAAACAUCACUGGUUACCAGACUGAGAAUGUGACUGCUGUCACACAGAGACACAGCUCAACUUUGACCUUUAACUCUUCAGCUGAACACCACAGCUCCAGUAUCAGCUGUAAGGUCAGCUUCACAGGAGGAGCAACUACAGAGGAGACAGUAACUCUUAAUGUGACCUAUGUGAAGAAAAUUGAAAUCACUGGAGACAGAAGUGUGAAGGAGGGAGAGACUCUGAAUGUGACCUGCAGUGUUGAUAGUUUCCCUCCAUCAUUUAUCACAUGGACUAAAUAUUCUGAAGAAUCCGUUCAAAAUGUAACAGGAGAUAAUCUGCAGAACAACACUGAUAUGGACACUUUGUUCAUCUCUAAUGUGACAACAGAAGAUUCUGGACAGUACAUCUGCACAGCAACACAUCUGAACAACACCCUGAUGGAGAAAGUCAACGUGAACGUGAUAUAUCAAAGAACACUUCAAAUAUCUGGGGAUAGAACUGUUAAGGAGGGAGAGACUCUGAAUGUGACCUGCAGUGUUGAUAGUUUCCCUCCGUCUCUUAUUACUUGGACCAAACUGAGUUCCAACACAAUCCUACACAACAACACUGGAUCAGCUUCACUUGUCAUCUCUGAUGUGACAACAGAAGAUUCUGGACAGUACGUCUGCACAGCAACACACCUGAACACGACUGUGACUCUACAUGCUGAUGUGACUGUGACUUGGUUACCAAAGAUCCAGAAUGACUCUGUAUGUGUGAAUCAGUCAGAGGUCCUGACCUGUGUUUGUAUCAGUGAGGGGUUCCCCAUACCAACCAUUGAAUGGCCCCUGCUGGAGAACCACACUGAGUACUCUGUCAUUACCACUGUGUCAAAUCACACAGUCAACAGCACGCUCACCCUGACUGUAAAACACCAUGGUCACACUGUUGUUGAAUGUGUCAGCAGCAAUAGAAAUGACAAAGUAAAACAAAACCUCACCAUCCAAACAAACGUGUCUAAACAAGACAUUCAUAAAAUAGUUCCAAGUGUGGAAGUCAUCAUUGCCUUUGUGAUCGGGGUACUUCUUUCUGCAGUCAUUUGCUGUUUGGUUCAACAAUGCCACAGAAGAAAACCGAAGAACUCUGGAAAGUUGGAUGAGACUUUGGAGAUGGUGACCAGUCCAGACGAUCCACUGAUAUAUAACGGUCAAGCAGUAGGAGAUGAUCUGACCCACACCCGAGGAGGAGCUGACAAUGGUGAUGUGUCAGCAGAGAAAGCAGCACCAGAACUCAACAGUGAGCCAAAAGACGUGGAGUACGCCAACAUUGAUUUCUCCCUGUUGAAAAGUCGUCCCAGAGAGUCCACAAGGAAGCAAGAAAGCACAGAGACUGAAUAUGCUGAAAUCAAGAAAGAAGUACAGGAGGAAAGAGAAGAUGAUGGAGGAGACGAAAGUGAAAUGUUGGAGGACAAAGAGGAGGAUGAGGAGAUGAUGGAAGAGGAUGUGGAGGUGAUGAUGGUGGAGGAUGAGGAGAUGAAACUUGUCCCAGAGGAGCAGAAGAGGGAAGAAGAAGCAGUGUACUCCAACGUGAAUGAUAUAAUGAGGGAGAUUUGGGGGAAGAGUAAGAGAUUCAGUCAGAAAAAAAGAAAGAGUUUAUUCUGUGAAGUAAAUCGAAUCAGAAUGGACGUUCUCAUCUGGGUGACUCUGCUCAUGUCUGUGUGUGGCCGUGUUGCUAAGUCAGGUGCAGCUAAUAGUGGAAACAUAAGCAGCACCAGCACUUCAGUCCCGACACAGACAACCACGGUGACAGAGGGACAGAGGACACUGACCUCCAUUUCUAAUGUUUCUACAAUCACUACACAGGAGACAGUCUCUAAGGAGACCGUUUAUCCAAGGAUCUCGAAUAGCUGCAGAUGUGAGGUCCAGUCAGAGGCCCUAGCCCAUGUGUGUAUCAUUGAGGGGUUUCCUCUACUCACCAUCAAAUGGCCACUGUUGGAGUCCCACACUGAGUACAAUUUCAGCAUCAAGGCCUCAAAAUGGGUUAACAGCACCAUCUCUGUGUCUGUAAAGGACAAUAUUAACACCACCAUAGAGUGUAUCAGCAGUUAUAAUGUUUUGGAGAAUAUCUCACAACCAAAUGAUCUGCUGUCACAAUUACUAGAGACUGUAAAACAACCACCUGCCCUCAUCUUGUUUUCGACUGGGGUUUUCAUUGGGAUCCUUCUAUCAUCAGCUGUCACUUGUUUGGCAGUAAAAUGCAACAGAAAAAAACAGAAGAGAUCUGUAGAUCUGUCCCAGGACCUGGAGAUGGCAACCACACAAGCUGUCCCACUGAUGGAUGCUGUUGAAGUAGUAGUAGAUAAUGGGAUCUACAAUCUAGCAGCUGAAGCAAUGGAAGGGGAAGCUGAGUCUGCUGAGCAAUCGGCACCUGACAAUGACAUUGACCCCAAAGAAGUGGAGUACUCGGACAUAGAUUUUUCCUUGAUGAAAAGGAAGGAUCCCACUCUGACAGGAGAGCUACAAGACACAGAGACGGAGUAUGCUGAAAUUAAGAGAGAAGAAAUCCAGGAAAGGCUAGACAAUGCCAGGGCCGAGGGUGAAAUGUUGGAGGGCAGUGAGGAUAGUGAGACAAGGAUAGUGUCAGCUGAGGAAGAGGGAGGUGAAGGUGCAGCACUGUACUCCAAUCCAGAUGAAAUAAGGACUGAGGCUGAAGAAAUCAUGUGAGGGUACUAUGUACUAUUAAAAACAAAAAAUAUAUAUUUACAAAAAGUAAAGCAUUAGACAAUAAGACUUAAACUAUUGAAUGGGAGUAAAGGGAAUAUUGUUGUUACUCAGUAGGUAGAGCAGUUGCCCCCGACCCAGACAGUUGGUGUUUCAAUCACCACAAUAUCUACCACAUGCAUUGAACCCCCCAGUUGCUCCCAGUGCAUGGCACUGGUGUGUGAAUGUGUGUGGGCUUGUGUGGGCGAAUGGGUAGAUGUGCCACUGUGGCUCUAAAGGCAGUUUGAGUACCAAUAGGUAGAAAAGGGCCAUAUAAAUACAAGACCAUUUCCCAUUUAAAGUUUCAUAUUUUUGGUUUGCUUGUUUCAGUGUAUUGUUUUAAAGACUUAAACUUAGGGCAUUUGCUGUGUAUUGCUGUGUUAGUGUACUUUAGUUUCAUACUGAAAGGGAUACUCCACCCAUAUGUGAAAAUUAGCCGCUUAGGGUUCCUCAGAGUUAGAUAAGUGAGAGAAAGAGUUUUUAAAUCGGACCAGGCAUUGUCUUAUUCCAGCAUCACAGCUGUUAGCUUUAACUUUGCAUAGGCACUGUGAUGUACCAAUUAAAGUGAUAAAGUCAAGAAUGUUCCUUAUUACUUCUUGUUAUCUGUAGAUUCACAUCAAAUACAAAUAUCAACGCAAUUAACACGGAGAGAUUGCCUAGGGCAGAUAAGAUUUGGGAUUAUAUUCCAGCAAAGCACUGCUGGCAGACGCAAAGACACCACGCAGCACCUGAAAACCCCUAACAUUCGUCAACAGGCCGGCAUGACUGAUGUGACUGUUAGCUAAAGCUAACAGCUGCACUGCUGGAUUAGGACAAUGCCUGGACCGAUUUUAAAAACACUUUUUCUCACUUAUCCAACUGUGGUGAAAGUGGUUAGUAAAUAGGGUUGGCGCAUCCCUUUAAGGCAGACAUUUGAUUUGGGUGUUGAAAAGUAUGUGAUAUAUCCACAUAGCUCCCAUUUUAUAUGAUCACUCUACAAUCAAGCUGAUUUGUAUAUAAAUAAAACAGACUGAAUGGGAAAAAAAAGAAAAAAAAGAAAAGAAAAAGCUUUCAUUUUAAGUAAUAAUGGCUGGACUGAGAUAUGCUGUACAGCCUCAUGUAGCAGUAAGGCCUUUUGUUCAAAUAAAUGCAUCUGACGUUA